UCUAUUUGUCCUCGGCGGCAUCCGUAGCCUGCGACAUAGAGUGACGUAGCGCCCGAGGAGGAGUUCCUGUGUUAAUCCAAACAUCGACGAAACCAACAUUCAGAGCUAUACAGCGAUAACGAAUCUGUAAUACCCAAACUACGUUCAUAUCUAUUCACGACAUGGCUGCUCAGAAGAUAAACGAAGCCCAUGAGCAUAUAGCUAAAGCUGAGAAAUGCUUAAAGACAAGUCUGACAAAGUGGAAGCCUGAUUUUGACAGUGCUGCAUCGGAAUACGCAAAAGCAGCUGUGUGCUUUAAGAACGCGAAGCAGUACGACAUGGCAAAGGAUGCUUACCUGAAAGAAGCUGAAUAUCACACUGAAAACAAGACGCUUUUUCAUGCUGCAAAGGCUAUUGAACAGGCUGGUAUGAUGAUGAAGGUGACAAAGAAGAUGCCAGAGGCUAUCCAGUACAUAGAGAAAGCCUGUAUGAUGUACAUGGAGAAUGGGACUCCUGACACUGCUGCCAUGGCUCUGGACCGGGCUGGAAAACUGAUCGAGCCUAUCAACCUAGAGAAGGCUGUGGACCUGUAUCAGAAGGCAGCUGGAGUAUUUGAGAAUGAAGACCGCCUGCGCCAGGCAGUCGAACUCUUAGGAAAAGCCUCAAGACUUCUCGUGAGAUUAAAACGGUAAAGUAGGAAAGCAGUGGCACUGCAGAAAGAAAAAAACAUGUACAAAGAGAUCGAAAACUUCCCCAUGUGCUUCAAGAAAACAACAGCUCAAGUGCUAAUUCACCUUCACCGAGGGGAUUACGUAGCGGCUGAUAAAUGUGUCAGAGAAAGUUACAGUCUGCCCGGCUACAGUGGGAGCGAGGAUUGCGUUGCCAUGGAGACGCUACUGCAGGGCUACGACGAGCAGGAUGAGGACCAGGUGUACCGGGUGUGCAACUCACCUUUACUGAAGUACAUGGACAAUGAUUACGCCAAGUUGGCCAUUUCCCUGCGGGUACCUGGAGGAGGAGGAAAGAAGAAGAAGGCUGCUGCCCCACAAGGCGGCGCUGGUGGGGCACCAGCAGCUGCCGAGGAGGAUGACUAUGAGGGAGGACUGUGUUAGCCUUUAUCCCUGCAGAGUGCUGACUCUCACCACCAAGACACCAUCGGUUAAAACCGUUACAAACCCCAGAUGUUUGGCUGUUUGAGGUAUCAUUGUGAAAAUUAAAGAAAAAGAUAACUUAUAAAAACAGUUACUGUAGGUGUUGCAGAAGAGUCGAUUCAGCCAUUUAAUUUGUGUUUAUUUGAGGUGGAUCCUCUGUGUAACGACAAAUCUUUGAUGUUCUAUAAUGUAUGAAAGCCUGUUGUUUGUAAAUGUUCUAUUAUUUCUCGUUGCUGUAAAGCUGUAAAUUCUGCUGUCAUUGUCUGUGAGUAGUCUUUAAUGAAAUGGGUAUGUUAAGAUCAGAAACACUCUAAAUACUAAAUAUAUAUAUAUAUAUAGCUAAUAAGUCGUUGUAUAGGUGUUUAUUUGUACAGAGUUAAUUUAAUCAGUAUUCUUGGCUGUGCCUCUUGAAAUAUGACUGGAUAAAUAUGCAAUCAGCUUGUAAAUGCAUGUUUGGAAAAACUCAACAGUAAUCUGAUUCAAAGCUAUGAAUUUGUGAAUCUUAAAGCUAUAACAAAUCAUCGGCAAUAAAGUUGUCAGCUUUAGCUACACACGUAAAUUAAACAGCAAAACUCCUGAUUUCAGACUGCUUCCAUUUGUCUACCUCUGGGUUUGUUAAUUUCCAACUUAAACUCCAAAAUAACCAUGGCUGUCUUUAUUUCCAGUUUCCACAGUAUAAUCAUAUGACUAGAGUGAAUACACUGUUAAAAGGGACUACAGAGGUAUUGUCUGUGCAUUUUCUCCUCUGAUGUACUUUUCAAAUGCUGAUUUGGUGUAUUUGUGAUUUAUUUUUUGCUCAUAAAUACUCCACUUGGUAAGAUCAAUAACGUACCAAUAAAAAUAGAUUAUAAUACCCUGUUACAAAAGGUUAUAAAGGGAUUGUUUACUUUUUUUUAAAAUUUGUGCUGUCACCCACUUCCCAUGUAUUCUUCAAAAGCAUAUCUCCAAACAUUACACAUGCAUCAAUAAACAUUUCCAUUAUGUGGCA